GAGUGCCCUCUGGAGUGAUGUUGAGAUACGUAUGUCAGCCAACAUCGCGAUUUGGGGAGUGCUGCAAUUUACCUCAAUUAAAAGACUUUUUUCACUUUUACUUAGCAUUCAAUUUGUAUGAAACGUGAUUAAUAUUCUAGGGUUGUUCUGGUGAAUGCAAAAUAUCGUGUCACAUUUGGCGUGUAAUGUGUAAAAAUUGGUGAAGAAGUUGAACUUGGUGGUUCACGCCGAGGUGUAUGUGUAUCGUGUGAAAAAUAAAAAUGGCUCUGUUAUUUUGACACACUGUCUAUGGACCUCACUUUUCAAUUGCGAUUUUUGUGGAUUUUCACGAUAGAAAAUAGCAGUGAAUAACUUUGAAAUUACACCAGAAAUAGUCAAGUGCCAAAAUAACCUAGUGAAAUUCUCAGUUUUCUACACUGUCUAAUGAAAUAUUCAUGUGCCUUUUGCUCCAUAUAAUACGCCAGAAGACGUCUUGAGAUUGCCCUUAAUUCUGCUUUAUGGGCAGAUUGCUGGUGUCCGGAAGUAAUCCAUAGUAUCCAGGAGAUAUCUAGGAAGUCCCUUGGAGAGACCAGUGCUGGGCAAUCCUGGAAAAUUGCCAGGAAAUUGCUGAAAAAUGUCGAUUACGUAAACCAUAUUUAAUGACACUACCAAGUAAAUCGAUAUGAGAAAGGAUGCCCCAUUUAGUGAAUCGUCAGUAUUUACGGCGACUCUUUAACCGCAUAUGCAAUUACUAUCGAACGAGGAAAUCAAUAGGACUUUUAACCUACUAAUGAUCUGCAAAAAGAACUCCUCAAACCAAUUGACCUAGAGAAAGUGAGGAGCUUUAAUUAGAGUGGUAGAGUAAGAGAGACAGAUAGAGAGAGAAAAAGAGAUUUAUUAAUCACUGGCAUAUCAUUUGUGAUAAAAUUUCAAAGGAGGAAGAUUAAUUAUAAGGAAUUUGAGGCGACUGUCUCACAAAAGAUGUCAUUCCUCAAUAAUUUGAAGAAGGUGUUCCACCUAGGAGGUGGAGAGGCGAAGAAGAAACGCCUCUACAAUAAUAUCAGAAUGGAUACGGAUCCCACAGAUUAUUGGGAUAUGGUGGGUGAAUUGGGUGAUGGGGCUUUUGGAAAAGUAUAUAAAGCUCAGCAGAAGGAAACAGGAAGAUUUGCUGCUGCAAAGAUGUGUACUCUUGAAGAUGAGGAAAAUAUAAGUGAUCAUAUGGUUGAGAUUGAUAUUCUCUCAGAGAUUAAGCAUCAUAAUAUCGUUGAGCUGUACGAAGCUUUCUCGAUAGAUGACAAACUGUGGAUGUUAAUUGAGUAUUGUGACGGUGGUGCCUUAGACAGUAUCAUGGUGGAAUUAGAGAAGCCACUAACUGAGCCCCAAAUUGCCUAUGUGUGCAAACACAUGACAGUUGGAUUGAACUUUUUGCACAAGAAUAAAAUAAUCCAUCGGGAUUUGAAGGCAGGAAAUGUCUUAUUAACAAUGGACGGGGGUGUUAAAUUGGCUGACUUUGGAGUGUCAGCUAAGAAUAAACAUACUCUUCAGAAGCAUGACACCUUCAUAGGGACACCCUACUGGAUGGCACCUGAAUUGGUGCUUUGUGAGACAUUUCGUGAGAAUCCUUACGAUUUUAAAGUGGACAUUUGGUCUUUGGGUAUUACACUAAUUGAAUUUGCUCAGAUGGAACCACCAAAUUCUGAAAUGUCCCCAAUGAGAGUUCUCCUAAAGAUCCAAAAGAGUGAUCCGCCAAAACUCGAUCAACCAUCAAAGUGGUCAAAAGAGUUUAAUGAUUUUAUAGCAAGAGCAUUGGUAAAAGAUCCUCAGAAUCGACCUACAACAGAUGCUCUUCUCAAUCUAUCUUUUAUCAGUGGACAUCUCGAUAGUAAGCCUAUUAAGGAUCUCUUACUGGAAUUCAAGGCGGAAGUUGUUGAAGAAGAAGUUGUCGAUGAAGAGACAGAGGAACCCCGCAAUUCAGCGCUGCCCCUCGACCUGGACGAUGAUUCUUCAUCUGUACAGAGUCAAGAAACUGAAAAAGUUCCAGAACCACCAUUGCUAUCGAAAACGUCCAAAGACUCCAAAGAGUCCACCCCCGUUCCUGUAGAUGAGGAGGAAAAACCCAGUACAACAACUGAGGAGGUUAAGAAGCGUCCCGAAGAGGUGCUGGAUGAGAAGAGGGCGAUUGUGAAGAAGGAAAAAGGUCCAGCACCGAGACCACCAUUAAAUAUAACACAGACACCACCUACAACACCAACAGAAGUCAAACAGGAACCUCAUCAGGGGCUAAAUGUUGAUCAUACGGAUACUCUAGAUGAAGUUCAGAAGAAGAAAGAUGUCGCCCCAAGUCCGCCGUUGUUAAAGUAUGCCAAGGAACAGAGGAAAUCGACGGAAUUGGAGGAAAUUGUUGAGUUGCCGGCUGAAGUGAUUCAGGAGGCAGAAGGUAAGGGUGGUGGUGUAUUAGUGAAAUCAGAUGUCAGUCGUACGAGUUCUAAUGAUGAUCGUGAGACUCCAUCACCAUCAUUUUCCAAUUCCAUUGCCGUAAAUAAGCCAAAUACAUCAAUGGUUACGGUUAAUUCAAAUACACCAGAUCCAUCCAAUAGUUUGGCCAGUAAUGUGAGUCAAGUGACAGUUGUCACGAGUCAUCCGCCCGUUAUUAUUGAUAAUUCGGUACCAUAUGCCCUGCCAUCGGAGACUCCUAAUGAAGUGGUAAUUGUAUCCAAUGAACUCAAUAAGACCCAUGUCAAUGAGAGUUCAACUGAUGAUGAUUAUCCAUCAUUGGAUAGUCUGGAGAGUACACCGAAGAAGGCUGCUGCUGCGGCAGGGACAAUUGUAAUUCCUGAUCGAUCUGAGGGGAAAAAGAGUAAUAAAACGGCAAGGAAGUUGGAUGAAAGUGAAGUGUUAAUAGUGAGUUCGAGUUUUGUGGAAGAGGAGGAAGAAGAGGAAGAAGAUUCUGCCUUGGACACAACACAUGUUUCUGUUGUGACAGUUGGCGAGGAACAGGUAAAAGUCAAGGAUUCGUCCAAUGUACCCAAACAGCCUAAAUAUGAGUCAACAAGUGAUUUGUCUAAUGUCUCAGUGACUCAUAGUGAAUCCAGUGAAGAGGUCAAAGGUAAACCAUCCAGGGUUAAUGGACAGGUGAGAAAUCGUGAUGAUGUGAGUGUCAUUGUGAAUAAGGAGAAAAAGAAGCCGGAUAAGCGGAAUUCGCCAGAUAGUUCGGUGGGUAGUAUGGAUUCUAGGACACAAAGUGAGUCUGGAUCAAUGCGAUCGGCCAAUGUGACAAAUCAUCAUCACAAAGAUCGAAGUGAUGCUGAGAGUAUUGCCACAACAGCUAGUCAUGAUAGUCGAGAACCCGAGGAGGAGACUAAUGUCGUGAUUGUACGUCGACAGCGUACUGAACAGACCAAGGAGGAAAUUCACUUGAGGAAUCUGCAGAAGAAGACGCGAAAGCGUACGCGAAAAUUCACAAUUGACGGUGUUCAGGUGACAACGACCACCAGUAAAGUCAUCUAUGGGGACAAUGAAAAUGGCAAGGUGUAUGAUGAUCAUUUCUUGCGAAAGCAGGAAUUGCGAGAAUUGAAAUUGUUGCAAAAGAUAGAGAAGAAACAGUUUCAAGAUGUGCAGAUAAAGGAGCAGUUGGCUAAGGAGCAACAAGAGAGGCGUUUUGAACAAGAACACAUUGCACUUCAGAGAACAUAUGAGGCAGAUAUGGAUGGUCUAACGCGACAGCAUAGGCAACUUAUAGAAAAGACUGAGCAACAGCAAGAGAAUGACUUGAGGGCGACAUCAAAAAAAAUUCGUGGUGAACAAGAGCGUGAUUUGAAGUUGUUCCGCGAUGGCCUUAAGCAGGAGAUUAAGUUGUUGAAGCAGGAGAUAGAUUUGUUGCCAAAAGAUCGGCGAAAGUUGGAAUUUCCCAAACGUAAGGCAGCCAUGGAGGCUGAGCAUGAGGAGAAGGAGAGAGCAUUCCUGUCAUCACUCAGUGAGAGUCAUGAAGUGGCAUUGAGGCGUUUGAGUGAGAAGCAUCGAGAUCGUUUGGCCACCAUUGAUAAGAAUUAUCUGCAGCAGAAGCAGACAGCUAUGAGGACACGUGAAGCAAUGUUGUGGGAACUGGAGGAGAAGCAGAUUCACGAGAAACACCAACUGGCCAAGAGGAGUGUAAAGGAUUUGUGCUUUAUGCAGCGCCAUCAGAUGAUUGUGCGUCAUGAGAAGGAGUUGGACCAAAUAAAACGAAUGCUACAACGAAAGGAGGAGGAUCUCCUUAAGCGUCAAACCAUUGAACGACGUGCCCUGCCGAAGAGGAUACAGAAGGAGCGCAAAGUGAGGGAUGCAAUGUUCAGAGAAUCCCUGAGAAUAUCCACACAUUUGGACCCUGAGGCAGAGAGGGAGAAAUUAAAGAGGUUCCAAGAGCAAGAGAAAAAACGCUAUAACCAGGAACAGCAACGCUUCGAGACGAAGCACAUGAGGCAACUGGAAGAGUUGCGGGCAACGGCUGAUGGAACAAUAAGGGAACUAGAACAGCUGCAAAAUGAGAAACGCAAGGCUUUGCUCGAGCAUGAGACGGCAAAAUUGCGGGAAUGCGAUGAGGCUUUGCAGCGUGAGUUGCGCGAAUGGAAGGCUCAGUUGUUGCCACGUAAACAGAAAAUUAAUAGCUCCCUAUCUGCCAUGAUUGAUGAGUAUGAAAAGAAGCACAAUGUGGUAACUGAUCGUACAGAAUUUGAGGGUGAUAUUGUAGUACCACCACAUUUGCGUCACAACACCAUGCUCAAUUCGCGUCCGAUGCGCCUUCAUGGUGGCAUUUUGGGGAGUUUGACGCGUUCUAGGACUCUCUUGUCCUUGUCACACUCCUCACGGGAUUCAAUGCAUGGCUCUGUGCCCGAUUUGAGUCGUAGUGUACCAAAUACACCGCACAUCAGUCAAAAGCUAACACUUGCUAAUUCUGUGGAUUCUGUACUGGAGGAAUCCUCCACGGAUGGUAUGAAUGGUAGUCAGACGUUGCCAGUGAAGAAGAAACCACCACCAAUGGGAAAGGUCGUUGGUGCGGCAUCUAGUUCAAAAUAUGUCUUUACAAAUGAUGGUGUCCAAUUGAGGAGGACAUCGAGUGAGGAGCAACCCAAGAGGAUACCUGGAGCUAAAAAUUUGAGUCAGCAAAUUGGCCGAUCUAUAGCAUCCUUGCCGCCCAUACAUCACCAUCACCAUGUGCAUCAGACUAGAAAUAAUGGUGAUCAACUGAGUAGUAGAUAUUCAUCUCAUGAUAGACGAAUGCCGCGUCUUGAGGAGACUUUUGCUCAACAAUUGGAAGAAAUGGAAUCACUCUACGGGGGAAAUCUUAUAGUUCCUCUUCCAACAGAUUCAUCACCACGUGAUUUAACUGGCUCCACAAGAAGCAGUUUGUCAUCAUACUCAGAAGGUUGAUGUCAGCGCAAAAGAAUUUAGGAAGAAAAUAAUUUUGAGAAAAGGGGAAGGAUUAAAAAAAAAAACUUGUCUAGGGGAAGUAAAUAACAAUAAUACAAUAAUUUUAAUAAAAGAGGAGAAAUGAAGAAAUGUUUUUUUUUAAUGAAAAUGUUAUAAAGUCAUUCUCUAGUGACUUUCAGGCUUAAGAUAUUUCCUUUCUUCUCUUUUUUUUUAAAGAGCUCUAGUUUCUCUUUUCAUUCAAAAUAGCGUGAGAAAUAUAAUGGAAAAUUAUACAAAUUGAAAACCUAUGAAAUUAUUUACAACUACUUAACCAAACUAAUCGAACUAAUAAUAAAUUAUUCUAAGUUAGAAUAUUAAGUAAAUUGCGGAAUGAACAGACCUGUAAAACCUUUAUCUUAAUUUUGCAAUAAAUAUUUUGGUGUAAAUACACAUUCAAUUUUUAAUAUAAACGAAAAUAUAUAUUUAGUGAAUUCGUAAAUAUUUUUAAAUGUUGAUUCUUUUUCUUUAUUCUAUUUUUUUUUGUUGCAUGAAUAAAAAAUAUUUUCAUCUGUUACUAAUAUUUUAAUGUCCAGCGCACAUUAGCUUUUGUUUGUAAACAUGUUUUCAGAAUUUUCCAUAAGUGUGAGCGAGAUAACUAGAUCUAGAUCUCACUCACUCUCAGUGAAAUUCCAAAAACAUGUUAUCAAAACAAAAGUUACUGUGCGCUGGGCAUAAUGCCCAACGCACAAUAAAUUUUGUUUGUAAACAUGUUUUCCAAAUUUCAUAUGAGAGAGAGCGAGAUGACUAGAUCUCGCUUUCAUUCACUCUCACUGAAAUGUCAAAAACAUGUUAUCAAAACAAAAGUUACUGUGCGCUGGGCAUAACUCUAAUUUUUCAUCUUUGUUUUCUUAAUAUACAAACAGCAUUCCAAAUAGUUGAAAUUAAAUAAAAAUUUAAAAAAAAAAAUCUUGUUUUUCAGGUUAGAUAAAAAAUAUAUUAUAUAUAUUCCAAAUUAAUCCAUUUUUUAUAUUUUCCAAUCUACUUUUUUCUAAUUGAUUUUUUAAGGCAUUAAAAAUUUCAUUUACUUUUAGAUACAAUAAAGAAAAAAUAAAAAAAUAUAUAUAAAUGUGCGAAAAGGCUGUUGAGCUACUUGUGAUGAUAUACAAUUUGUAUUUUAUUACAUUACAAAAACAAAACAAGGAAAUUUAUUGAGGAAGUAUUGAAAAAAAUAUAAUCAAAUAAUUGUAAAAAAAAAAUAAUAAUCUUCCGCAGAAAAUUGCCAAUUACAAUUGUAAUAAGUUUCAUAAAAAUAUAGUGAAGAUCAAAGCUGAUAAUAAAGAAAAGAAUGAAUAGAUAGUUUAUCUAGUAGGAAUAAAUGGUCAGAAAAAAAUCAUGAAUAGGCUAAAAGUAGAAAAAAUGUUAAAUUUGCAAAUUCAACUUUUAUACUAUACGCAAAAUAAAAUUAAAAACGAAAAGCUGAGAUGGAAAAUAAAAAUUAAAAAGGAAUAUUGCAAGGUAAAUUCUGCAUAUUCUUUUAAUAACACCACAUCAAAGACAUUUUUUUUUUAAAUAGUCCAUCGCGAGGAAGCAAUAAAUUUUUAAAGGACAAACUAACGAUUUGUGUAGAUUGCGCAUAUAUAAAUUAUAAUAAAAAUGAAAAA